AUGGAAGUGGAGUAUGCUAGGAUAACGAAAUACGUACAUACAGAAGGCCUGAGCAGCGGCUGUGAAGCGAGUGGUGUUAGAGAUGAAAUCGCUAGAGAUUAUGCUGCGUUACAGUCACGCCUUCGCAGGGAAUUCUCAGACAGACAUCCAGGGAAAAUUGAUGUUAUGCGAGGGCUGAGACCUGUGGCUACUGAAGACCAGCUUUCAGCCGACUACCACAAUAAGCUGAAGGAAUGGCGGAUGAAGGGUGUGAAACAACCUCCGCCCAUACCAGCCCGGAAGGACCUUAGCGAAGACUUCUUGAAAAAAUGGGAUGAUUGGACUCGUAUGAAGGAAACUAAUUCAGUUCCCACGUGGGAGGAGGAAGCGAAACCUGACGAAGUGUUGGUUCAGACAUCGACUGGCCUUUUCAAGUUUCACGGAAUCUCGCGCUCCUUUACAAGAAAACUUCACGAGUGGGAGAAAUCUCGAGGAAUAGCUCCAGAAGCCUCCACAUCCGCCCUAUUACAGGAAGCAAAGGCGAGGAAUAAGGUUCCCGCUGCCCUAACUCGUACACAAAGUGACGGCAGUGUUGGUCCCGUGUUCGCUGGCGGAAGAGUUCAUGCGAGCAGUCUGAGCGUUAACGAUGCUGAAGAUUUAGAGAAUUUGCUUGAUGACGAAGAAUGUGAAGAUGGUAACGCUCGAGAAGCCCUCCUAAUAGAGAUAGAGGCCGAAGAGGUGUGCACGGCUGCCCCUUUAGUAGCUGUCUCACCACGACAUACACCACAAAAACCUGUUUAUACGUAUGGCCCAGCUGAAGCUCGUUUACUGUGUGAAACCACGUCUGCGAUCACCGGAACUGCUGUUGUACAAUCGAAUGGCUCUGUCAUGAUUUCAGAUUCACGGAUAAUAAAAACAAAAGAACAAACCAUAAACCAUAAAAUUAUCCGAGAACAGUCAACUACAGAAAAAACACGCCGGAAGAUUUCAAGACAAAAAAGUCGCGAAGAAGACGCAAAAUUUAUUAGAAAGACCAUUGAGGAAAUUGAAAGAGGUCCUCUCAAAGAUGUUUCUGAAACUGAAACGGUUACUGAAGCUCAAUCCAUGAGCAAAAGUAUAAGUGUAAAAAGUUUGAAGAUGGAUAGUGCUAAAGAACAAAACGAUAGUGAUAAAGAUGAAAAACGUAAUAACGGUAAAAAGAAAAAAACAUCUAGAGCCAGAUUGGAGAGGGAACUAUCGAAGCCGUCUGAAACUGAUACAGAACCAGAAGUAGAUACAGUGACGGUAGAAAUACCGAGAAGAAAGAAAAGACCGCGAAGACAGUCUGAAAAGCCCAGAACUCCUCCCACAUCGCAUCACUCGGAUACAGAAGGUGAAGUGUUCGUCCUAAAAAUUAAAACUCAAGAUGUCCACGACAAACCACCGGAAGUUAUAGUGAAGACCACACGCAAAAUAUUUUCACCAAUUGUCAGAAGUGGAGAGACAAUUCCCCGAGCAGUAAUACCAGUAGACGUAGAAGAGUUAGAACCAAGCCACACUAAAUUCGCUCAGCCAGUCCACGACUCGAAAACUUCCUUGCAAUCUAAAAGCUCUGGAAAAAGUUCUGGAGAACUUCAAGAUGAUGAGCAGAGAAAGAAUUCGAGGCCACCCCUUCCUACUUCUCCGACAUCGCAACGAAAGAAGGAAACUGCACCGGCUAUUAAAAUUAUGAUUCAACGGUAUAAUAAAAAAAUUAAUGAAGCUCCACCUUCCGGAGGAAGUAGUGGCACCACAUCUCCGUUAUGGAGAUCUCCAAAAUCUGAAAGAAAACGUCCUCCAGAUAUGCCUGUAGGAGUUAAUAUAAGAAAUAACCCAUUCCUAGAAAGAGAAGUCCAAAAAUCCGCCAGCGCGUGUCAAUUAUCGCAAGAUCAAAUAUCAGAAAAAUGUUUGACACCCGCAGACGAUGGAGUUUUGAAAUCCCACAGCGCGAACACAUUACAUCCUCAAAACGAAGAAAUGGAAGAUAUUCACAUACGAGAAACUACACCAAGUAUGGAGACAAUUAUACCACGAAGGGAAAAAAUACACCAGAAUCUGGAAGAUAUCAACCAGAAAUCUGAAGACAUGUUCGAUAAACCGGUAUUAAUAAACCCUAGUUUUAUGAGGUCCAUAUCUGCGGUUGAAGAUAAUUGUACGUUAAUUAGGAUGACAUCCCGAGCUGCCAGGAUUAAGGAAGCAAGGGAACGGUUUCUUUCAUCUUCUCCUUCUAUGAGAAGAGAAGGGACAAGUUCUGCGAGUGACUUAAGACCAGGUGAUCGGUCUAGUCAAGUAAGCUGUGAAAGCGAUGCAGCGGAGGGUCAAAGUUCAAAUCCAGACUCACCACUGGGCCGUAGUGCUUCCACGGGAAUGGUAAACGUAGAGAGGGAAGCGUGGCAGAGAGUAGCUCAAAAUGGUUCCAGGCGUGAACGCCCUAGAUCCAGAUUUAGCUUAGCUCGUUUAGCCGCUAAGUUACGGCGAAAGGAUGAAAGCGCGGUUUCAAGAUUGUGUCGACAAAGCCUUUUUGUACAAUUAAGGAAUAAACAAUAA